GUCAUUCAGUAAAAGAAAACCGUUAUUUGUAAAGGAUUGUACGCGACUACGCGUUCCUACCCUACUACGUCAGAGUUUAUCAUUUCGUCAUCUAUUAAUAUAGUUUGGUUACCUAGAAAGUAGACCUCGACCGAUUUUUGUGCGAGUAUUAUUCCUCUUCGGAGUGGUUUAGGAAUUAGUAGUAGUGUCUAUUCAGUGUUUAGUAGUUAUUGAACAGUAAAUAUUGAAGUUUCAUAAAAUUAUGGCAUCGAAGAGCAAGAGGCAGGGGACGCCGGCCGCGUCCCAAAAUAUACCACCCAGACCGACAAGCCCAUUGAGCCCUACCAGACAUUCACGUUUACAGGAAAAAGCGGAUUUACAGAAUUUAAAUGACCGGCUUGCCUGUUACAUAGAACGUGUCAGAUAUCUUGAAAAUGAAAACAAUCGUCUAACUCGUGAAAUACAAACUACACAAGAGACGGUAACUCGUGAGGUUUCCCACAUUAAAUCCAUGUAUGAUAGUGAACUAUCUGAUGCUAGAAAAUUAUUGGAUGAUACACAUAGAGAAAAAGCAAAGCUAGAAAUUGAUACAAAAAGAUUAUGGGAGGAAAAUGAGGAGCUUCGUGCUGAGCUAGAAAAGAAAAACAAGGGUUUGUUACUCUCUGAAAAUUCAGUGAGGAUAUUAGAAGGCAAAUGUAAUGAUCUACAAUUGAAAUUCAAUCAAGCUAAUAAUGAUGCUAGGAAAGCUAUCAGUGAUGCAAAGGAUUUGGAAAAGGAAAGGGACAAGCUCCGUAAACAAGUUGAGGAGCUACGAAAGAGUUUAGAAGAAGAAUCAUUGGCCAGAGUUGAUGUGGAAAAUAAUAAUCAGAGUUUGAAGGAAGAAUUGCUAUUUAAGGAUCAGAUAUUCCAACAGCAGCUGACAGAAACCCGUAGAAGUAGACAGAUCGAGAUAAGCGAAAUAGAUGGCCGCUUAUCGGAGAAGUACGAGGAGAAGCUGCAACAGGCGCUGCAGGAAUUACGCGACCAAUACGAAACCCAGAUGGCGAACAACCGCGCCGAGAUCGAGAGCUUGUACGAGAACAAAAUCAAGAACCUUCAACUUGCCGCCAACAGAAGUUCAGCCAACGCCGCCAACGCGUUGGAAGAGUUGCGCAACAUCAAAUCGAGGACCGACGUGCUCAACGCUCGCGCCUGCUCCCUGGAGAACGAGAACGGCAUAUUGCUGGCGCGCAACCGCGACCUGGAGAAGUUGCUGGAGAGCGAGCGCCUGCGUCAUGCCGAAUCGAUGGCAGCGCUGGAGCGCGAGCUGGCCACGAUGCGCGACGAGAUGAAUCAGCAGUUGCAGGAAUAUCAGGACCUGAUGGACAUCAAGGUAUCGCUGGAUUUGGAGAUCGCCGCCUACAGAAAGAUGCUGGAAUCGGAGGAGGCCAGGUUGAACAUAACGCCGCCCGGCAGCGAACGGGCCACGCGGGCGGGUUCGCAACGCAGAGCGACACCUGUCAGGGCGGGAUCGAAGCGCAAGCGUACCUUGUUGGAGGAGAGUCAAGAUUCCAGCGUUAGCGAUUUUUCCAUCAACAGGUCCUCGAAGGGGGAAGUUGAGGUUCAGGAGGUUGACCCAGAAGGAAAAUUUGUACGACUGUUGAACAAGAGCAACCAAGAAGUAGCUCUCGGAGGAUGGGUGAUAACUCAGAGGGUUGGCGAAGAAGAAACUCAAUUCAAGUUCCACAGGACACACAAGCUUCCUCCAAAUGAAACUGUUACAGUUUGGUCUUCCGAUCUCAAUAAGGAUCACGAUCCUCCUACACAACUUGUCAUGAAAGGAUCAAAAUGGGUCUCUGGUGAGAACAUUUUGACCACAUUGACCAAUAAUAAUGGUGAAGCAGUUGCAACCUCUGAAAGGGUGAAAAGGAUGGUUUCUUCAUCAUCAUUACGACACAGAGAAAUGGGAGGAUAUAUGAGUUCAGAAGAACUACAUCACCAGUAUGGGGAACCACAAAGGGAUGAAAAUUGCAGGCUUAUGUAAAAGUAGAUUUGUAAAGAAGAAAUGAAAAACAUGAAGGGAGAAAAGGAAUAAUUUACUUUUUACAUUUACAUGAUUUGAUAUAUUCAGGUACACAGUGUCCAUGUGCAUUGUACAUAUAUUUCUUGAUUUAUUUUUUCCCAACGAGAUAUGUUUAUACAUUGUUUUUGCCAUAUAUUCAUAUAACAUUUUUUCUUAUUAUAAUUUUUUUUUAAUUUAUAUUUGGACUCAUACAAAUUAUAUUCUCUGUAAAGGUAAAACCAUUAUUAUCGUUUUGUUUCAUAUGAAGAAAAAUGGACACUUUGUAUAUGAUACUAAUUUUGGCUUCUUCACGGUUAAUUCAAUAUGAUUCUUCGAAAAGUAGUUUCUCAUCUUAAGAAUUGCAUUUUCACCUCGUAUAAUUGUUUAGUUUAUUGUAUUUGGACUAUAUUGGAAAUAACACUGAAGCAGCUAUUAAAUUGAACCUAAAUGUAUUUUUCUAUUAAACUUUGAUGAAAGUAAGAAAAUCUAGUAGUGAAACCUUUUGUUCUAACUUUAUCGAAUAUUUUUAAGAAUAUACAUAUUUGUGAAGUAAAUUUAUAAUAUGUUAAGACUUACAUAGUUUUAUUCGAUUUAAGAUUGUUUUGAAAAACGUACUAAAAUUGCUCGACUUUGGUUCCAGAUGAAUAAUGAGAAUAUUAUCAGAUUGUCCCUUCAAAUAAACAAGUAUUUUAAU